UAUCAGGGAGGGGUAGUAUCUCUGGUAUGGAGGGCUUGUCUUGCCCUCCUAGGGCAGCUCUCCAGCCUCUGACCCCCACCUGACACCCAGCUCUCACUUGUAGCUCCCAGUAGCUGCUAGCAUGUGGCAGCGGCCACACCCCGGGCAACGGCUUCGACAGGCCUGCUAAACCUUGUGAGGGUAGCCAUCGGGUCAUCCACCCCUGGUGAACCAGGGCUUUGCUCACCCAGCAUGUGAAGACUGUUUCGGCUGAACAGGUGGAAGAAACCAAUAAGAAAGUUCAAUGGGGGGGUGGUACCGGUGUUUCCGGCGUCCUUUACAUAGCUGCUGCCAUUUGGGCUCACACCAUCUAGAAAAUCUAAGGGAGCCAUGGUGCUGCUCACGGCGCCGCUAAAGGUACGCACCCACCUCACUGACCGCUUCUGGCGGACCCAGGACUUGCUGCAGUAUGCCCGGCACUUUCGGGGAAGGAAGAAUCGCUGCUACAGGUUGGCCAUCAGGGCUGUGACUAGAGCGUUUGUGAAAUGUACCAAUGCCCGGAGGCUGAAGAAGAAGAACAUGAGAACACUUUCUAUUAAUCAAAUUACAGCCGCUUCCCAAGAACAUGGUUUGAAGUAUCCAUCAUUUAUUAGCAAUUUAGUCAAGUGUCAAGUGGAAUUCAACAGGAAAGUCCUUGCUGACCUGGCUAUUUAUGAACCCAAUAUGUUUAAAUCUUUGGUUGCUUUGGCAAAGAGGAGGAGAGAAGAAGGUUUCGCAGCUGCUCUGGGGGAUGAGAAGGAGCCAGCGGGGAUCUUUUCCCAGGUGGUGCACUAUCAGUGGAGGUGAAGCCUUCACCAUGGCCUCAAGGGCACUUUACACAAGGAGAGACUUGGAUUAACUAUCAGUUACCCCAAUUACAAAGUUGAUCAUUUUCCGAGGUUCCACAUGUUGUCCAAAUUUGUUCGUAAUCAUGUCUUUUCACAUUUCAGGAGCACAAAAAAGAGGAAAGGUAGCUGGGCUUUUAACAGGGUGGAGGGAUGGGAGGGCCCUUUGCCCCCUGGUCACCCUAAGGAAUUCAUUCAGUAUGUUUUCUGUUGAACAAGGAAUAAACUUUAAAAACUUA